UAUGGACAGAGCAUCCACACAGAGGCUGCCUGCCUGCCGCAGACCCAGCUGACAUGGGGAACGCUGGAGAAACUCAGCUGUGCUGGGCCAUCCUGGGCUUCCUCCUGCUCCAAGGCCACAACUCCCAGCCCAUGACAACUAGCCCUCAGGGAAACUUCAGUAGUCAAAGUCCAACCACAGAGCCAGCUUCCCCCCAGACAGCAGAUCCAGAGAAGUCCUCACAGGUCCCCACGGAAGCCAGUAAGCCCAUGACUCUGAGUUCAAGCACUCUGGCUGGUCACUCCCUAUCCUCACUGGAACCAACUUGGUCCCACCCACAGAAACAGACAUCAGGACUCGACACCUCUCACGACGUUACUUCCAAAUCACCCACCAUGAGUUUGAGGAUGAGAGAAGACUCAACCAUCCUGCCCAGCCCCACGUCAGAGACGGUGCUCACUGUGGCUGCAUUCGGCGUCAUCAGCUUCAUUGCUAUCCUGGUGGUUGUGGUGGUCGUCCUGGUCAGUGUGGUCAGUCUAAGGUUUAAGUGUCGGAAGAGCAAGGAGUCUGAAGAUCCCCAGAAACCUGGAAGUUCGGGGCUCUCUGAGAGCUGCUCCACAGCUAAUGGAGAGAAAGACAGUAUCACCCUCAUCUCCAUGAAGAACAUCAACAUGAAUAACAGUAAAGGAUGCCCCUCAGCAGAGAAGGUUCUUUAAAAGUGACCUUGGGUCCCUGUGGAUCUGACAAUGAUGCAGCUGCCCUGUGCCUGUAAGAAGGAAGGCGAUGGGAUCGGUAGAAGCAAUGAACCAGAUAUAAGUUAUUUUGUUGUUUCACAUCUACUCCCAGAUCUAAAGGACACUAGCAUUCCUCCAGAUCUGGGAGCAAGCUGCCAGUAUGAGAGACUCUUUCCCACAUGGACAGUCACCCUAGAAACACAGCCUGCUACUCCCACCAUCUCAAAAUCACAGGAAGGAAGAGUCUAUAGAGCCAGAGCAAGGAAAAUGACAAAGUGAAUUUGUCCUUUCUACUUUACAUUAAAAUUAUUUUCUAGCCUGCAGUCUAAUUUCUCCCAUGGGUAUUUCUUAACAGAGUGUUUAGCAGCUCUGGGGCCUCCUUUUGUAGAUAAGUCAUGUGCAAGUUGCUACCCCUGUGGGGAGCUCUCUGAGAAACCUGGGAGGCAGAGAGAACUUUUUGUCAGGUCUACCUUGUUUCACCUGGUUUAUUAAGUAGUGAUGAGGACUAACCAUUCCAAAAAGGGAGAGAAAAGGAGCUGUAAACAGUGAUUACUGUCACCAGUAGAGAAGUUUUGAGUCCGGAGAGUGAGAACAUGGGAGGCACAAUGCAUUCUGAUUAGGAAGCUCUGGUGAUGAGAGCUGUAUAAGGGCAAACGUCCUCUGCCUGCCCCAGGUAGACUUGCCUCAUUUUGGUCCUAGCUGUGGGAAUAGCACUGGGAAGGUUUAGAGCGAGGAUAAGUCUGUGACUUCGUAAACCCAAAUCCACCCCUUUGCCCCACACAGCUAUGAUUUUUGUGUCCGAGAAACAGAAUGGAGGCUCACAGACACUGUAAAGUGGUUUAAAGAGAAUGAGAAAAAGAAUGCAGUUAUCUGUCUUCUUAGUCAUCUCUACCACGACACUGGUUUGGAAAUGAAUCCUGGUUGGGGAGAGUCAAUGGAAGAGUCAUCUGGGUAUGUCUGCAUGGACUGCUAUAAGCAUCUGGUUGGUGGCAGUUUAGAACACAGGAGAACACAGAUUACCCAUUCUGAAGCAACCAUAUGCUAUUUCCUUCUGGAUUUAGACUCUGCAAGGAGAGAGAAAGCCUAGAACAGAAAGUUCAUUCUGCUUGUCUCAAUGAAACUAUUAAAGUGGCCUGAAGGAAACUACUAGAUUCUAAAUCCUCUAGGGAAGGGCCUGUAACCUGUUCAUGUCUGUAGCUCCUGUGUGGUGCACUGUGCCCAGAACAUCAGAGGUCACGAAAACUGGUUCUUGAGGAAAUCUAGUCAAAAGCCGGGGCUCUCCUACAGAGUUGUAGCUUGAUUUUGGCAAAAUCAUCCCCAUCUCUGAGCUUAUUUUCUUACUUUCAAAAUUAGGAGGGUAUACUACUUGGCCUUCACUAUCUUUUGGGGUUCUUAUAUUCUACAGUUCUAUAAACUCUAGAUGUAAGAAAAAAUGAACACAAUCUUUUGAGUAGAGAUCACUCUGGGUUGGAGCCAGAGACAAGUCUUGAGUGACUCUGGGACUUAAAUUCUCUGGACUUAGAUUUUCCUGUGUGUUCACAUGUAUUAAUGUGGAAGAAUGAUCCUGACCUGGCCCUGUCUAUCUCACAGGCUAAUUGGUAAGUAAAAUGGAACAGUAAAUGUGGAGACACUUGGGAAGUAAAAGUACUAGCUGGCAACUGCAGCAGACAAUGUUGAGUACUACCAUCCAGGUCCCACUUCAGGAUCAGGACCCUUCAUCUUGAAUUGCUGGGCGUGUUGGCUGCUGAGGACUCAUAGCUGACUGAUGACCAGUUGAUGGGGUGGGGAGGUGGGGAUGAAGACCUGGACCCCUUGCCUCAAUUUCUCCCUCUGCUUAAUCCUGCUUCCCUUAUUCCUCACGACUGUAGUUCCCAGGAGCACUCACCAAUAAACCUUCAGCAUGCAAAUCUCAGAGACCCUGAGUCUAUUUCCUGGCAUACCCAACCCAUGACAGCAAUACAACAUUUAAAAAAAUAAUUCAGAUAUAUUUUAUUUAAGCCACAAUGCAAAAAACAUGACUUCCUAGCCAGUUCCAGUACAAAAAUCCAUCACAAGGAUGGAACUCUCCAGGUGACCUAACAAUGGCUAGAAGUACUGGAUUCUGUUUGAAUUGUUAUUGUUAUUCUG